AAUACGUAACGACUUUGAAAUGUCGCGCUACGGUUUCCCAGCGAUUAUAUACUUAACAUUGUUUGCAGUUCUAAUUUCUACUUCCGAAUAUCAGAUUUCUUGAACCUUACGCUCAUUACUUCUCAUUGCUUUCGACUGCUUCUUUUAUUAUAUAUAAGUGUAUUAUUUGUCUCUACUCAGUCGUCUGCUCAGUUUCCUCUCUUAUUUAAAAGUUCACUCACAGUUCUCGCAUUCCUCCUUCCUGCUUUCUUUUCAGUGAGAAAACAACAUUGUUGUAGGAUUUAAUUUGCCCUACAGUUGUUGUGCUAGAGCUGUUAACACAAUACGGGCGACUUCAAAGUAUGUGAAAGCUAUAGUCAGAUCAAGGACAAUUUGGCGCUAAACUUCAUCUGUUUUUAAACGUAAAAAUAACAAUCGAUUGGUUUAAUAAUCAGAGAAGUUAUAGUUACUAAGUGGAACGCACAAACAUACCAUCCAAUAUAGUGUGUCUUAGCGAAAAGAAUAGAUUUUUUGAGUCACGCUGAUAUAAUAGUAUAAUGAUAUCCUUCAAUUGGCAGGACAUAUCAAUAGAAAUAGUCUGUAGACCCAUCAGACCAGAUUAACGUGGUGGGAGCUUAAGCAACUAUUUGAUUGACUAGUUAUGGAAAUAAAUGACAAUUGUUUACUUGAACAUAUAUUUGUCUGUGAAAUAAUUCGCAGCCUUCCGUAUUAAGAAUAGGAGUUCAAACUACUUUAGUCCUUGCAAUUUGUCGUACCGUGAAGAUCCAAUCUAUUUAAAUGUACGAACGGGUGCUGAUAUUGUAUGUUCAGGUAGAGAAUUCCUGCAAUUCACUACUUGAUGCAAGAAACGGUACUCCAGACGUAGAUGAAUCAAUCUCGAUCUUCGAAAUCUAUUCUCAGAUGAUCAAUUCUACGUGGAAGGAAAGAUAAGUAAUUAAUACCAAGAUAAUCGAUUAGCAUACGAUUCCCUUGGAUAUAUUGCUCUCCAUAAUUCCUUAGCACACGACGUACUUUCUGGUUAGACGCAAAUCUAUCAAAGACUGAACGUUAAAAUUUCACUUUUUAUCAAGUUAACAUGUGGUUCACCAAAUUUAAAAGUUUAAACCAUGUUUUGAUGUCCCAAGCCUUUCGGAACUCUACCAAAGCACAUACUUUCGACAUAGCCGUUGUUGGAGGUGGAAUUGUGGGUUUAGCAACGGCUCGUGAACUAACACUUCGGUUUCCAAAAUUUCGUUUUGCCCUUCUGGAAAAAGAAGAAGAAUUGGGGAUACAUCAAUCUGGCCAUAACAGUGGAGUUAUUCAUGCAGGUAUUUACUACACUCCUGGCUCUCUAAAAGCUAAGCUAUGCGUUGAAGGUAUGAAGAAGUCGUAUGAAUAUUUUGAAGCAAACAAUGUGCCUUACAAGAAAUGUGGGAAACUAAUCGUUGCAGUUAAUGAACUUGAGCUUCCGCGUCUAGAAAAGCUGUAUAGUUUUGCCCAGCAAAACGGUGUGCCCAAUGUUUCUUACAUUUCAGGUGACAAGAUAACAGAAAUCGAACCUAACUGUGUUGGUUUAAAAGCAAUUCAUUCCCCUGAAACAGGUAUAGUCGAUUGGAGAACAGUAACUUUAUCAUAUGCCAAAAAUUUUGUUGAGUCUGGUGGGACUAUUUAUAAGUCAUUUAAGGUAGGCGAAAUCUCUGAAACGAGUGAAAAUGUGGAUUACCCUGUUGUGAUCAAGAACGUUAAUAGUGGAUCAAACAACUCAGCUCAUAUUUCACAGAUCACAUGCAAGUAUGUGAUUACUUGUACAGGUUUACAGUCUGACCGUGUUGCUAAGAUGUCUGGCUGCUCUCCAAAUCCUGUCAUCAUACCAUUUCGGGGUGAUUAUUUAGUUUUGAAAUCUAAAAAUUCCUCUUUAAUAAAUGGAAAUAUAUAUCCUGUUCCUGAUCCCCGUUUCCCGUUCUUGGGUGUCCACUUCACUCCACGUUUGGAUGGAUCCGUUUUGCUUGGACCAAAUGCUAUCCUAUCAUUUAGUCGGGAAGGUUAUGGUCGCUUCGAUUUUAACUUCAAAGACUUCUUUGAUCUCGCAUCUAACCCUGGACUCCGGAAACUCAUUUUCCGUUAUUUACGUUUUGGUGUGAAUGAAAUAAUUGAUGGUUUAUUUAUUAAUCGCCAGGUCAAGCGGCUUAAAAUGUAUGUACCUAGCUUAAGCGUUAAAGAUGUCGCCAGGGGCCCAUCUGGAAUAAGAGCUCAAGCGAUUGACUCAGAUGGGACGUUAGUGGAUGAUUUUGUAAUUCAUUUUGGUGAUGGCAAGAUUGGUAAAAGAAUUAUGCAUGUACGUAAUGCACCAUCGCCAGCCGCAACAGCCUCUCUGGCUAUUGGUUGUGUGCUGGCCGAUAAAGCACAAGAGUGCUUUGAUUUAUCUCUUAGCGAAUCAAGAAGUUUUGUUUAGUGUUUUUUGCACGCUCCUUGAUGCAAAUUCUGCCUCUUCUGUUUUAAUUUCUUUCACCUAAAAGAACAAAUGGCUCUUGUUUUCUGAUCAUUUACUUUAAUUUUUCGUCUGUGAUCCUCUCAGGGAUAUUGAACAUUGCUGAAUUUUUUGUUGUCACUUAGAUAAUAAUUAUCUCUCAUUUAAAUUAUCUGGUUUAUAUUAUUACAAAUGACCAAAAAUUACAAUAAUUCAGAUUCCGAAGUAACAUUUUCAUUUACCUUACUAGCUGUUGCUCAGUUGAUCUGUUGGUUCAACAUUGUAUCGAACUGUGUUAUUUUGUUGUAAAUACUAGACAUAUGAUACUAUAUCGUAAACGAUUAUAGGUACGCUUGUAGUCGAUAAUUAAUUUUAGUAUAGAACUAUUCAUGCAAAUCAUUUUAUUGGUUUAUUUGCGACCCUAUUUUUUAUACGUAGAAUAUAGCCUACCAACCCAACACAUCACAUGUUUACAAAUUGAGUGCUAUGAUGAAAAGUAUUCAUAUUUACAAUCACUUGGGAAAUGAUCACUUAUGUAUUGAACACUAGUUACAUGGUGUGAUCUUACGCUCUUGUGAUAAUUCCGAAGUAUUUGUAUGGUAUUUAUUUAAUAAAUAAUGAUAUG